AUGUCAUCGGUAUUCGGAUUGGUUUUGGAGACCAUGCAUGACAAUGACUUAUGUGUCGACCAUGUCCUUCCUUGCGAGUUUCCGGACCUUGAAUCUAACUUCAUCUCGGACAGUCUGCUCGGAAGGAAGCCUGCUUCACCCAUUGUCUUCACGGUCAUUUUCUGUGCUGUUGCCAAACGCAUCGGAUUGCUAGCAGCGCCAAUAGUCGUCGGUGACUUCGUCAUGGCCAAAAUCUGUUAUAAACAAGAUGGAAGCAAUCGAGAGAGAUUUAUGGAUGUUUGCAAUGAUGGACAGCUCUUCACCAUCAAGGCACUAUAUGAGUUGUUGCAGCCAUAUGGGGCGACGCGCGAAAUGGUACUGGAAGGCAGCAAGGCCAUUCAAGGACCCAUGCUAGUCAAAUAUUGUGCUCACAGCAUCUUUGAGUGCCUACAAGGAGAUUCGUCAAAUUUGAUUGACUACUUGGCUGUCGUCAGGUGUUUCCAUUGGUGCGACCACCCGACGGACAUAGUGCCACUGAACAUUGCGUAUAUUCUCGGCGAGAUGGAUCACUUUUCAACGACAACAUGGCUUGAGGUGCUGCCCCAAUUGGCGAAACUAAGCGGCUAUACUAAGGAGAACGCUCGUCAUGCUUCCGAAGUCUUGCAAGCAUUCCAAAACGUCAAGAAUCACGCAUUGUCAGUCGCCAGGCGCAGCAACCCUGAACGAGCAAUCCGAUUCGCUCUCGGCUCCUUGGUUCGUCAUCGCAAGCACAAGUAUCUUGGUGUCAUUCAUGGCCAUGACGAUGAGUGCAAGCAGUCGCAAAAAUGGCAAGAGGAGAUGCGUGUUAGCAAGCUCAAAGGCGGUGGACCAAAUCAACCGUUCUAUUAUAUCAGAAAGACAGAUGGUCUGGAUAUGUAUGUCGCUGAGCGAAAUCUUGAAAUCGUCUCUUGCGACCGCUGUGGAGACCGUCAAGCAGACGUCAACAAUGGCUCAAAAGUCUUGGACGCAGACUACUUGCCUUGUAUUAUGAAACUUGAGCGUCUGCCAUCGGAAAGCAACCUCGGUCAAAUCGUCAAGGCAAGGAAGAAUAAAGGGGCGUGCGGCUAUGUGCCGGGUAGCGACAUUCAACAGCAGUAUCCAGCCAGCUUGUGGCCGCCCAUGCCAAACGCAUGCUCGCAGCGAUCGAAACCUUGA